AUGGCGACGAGCCCGAGCGACCCCGGCUCAUCGGCCGUGCAGGCUCUGCGAGACUCCUUUGGCGACCGCAAGCCCAUCGACAUCAGCCGGAAAAUCACAGCGUGCGUCUCGUGCCGCAAGCAGAAGAUCAAAUGCCAUAUGGGAGAUGGUACUCCACCGUGCACGAGAUGUAAGAAACGAGGGCUGUCAUGCGUGGUCAAUCGAAGUUUGCAAAUGCUUCUUGAAAGCGAUGUAGCAUGGAAAGCCAAUAUCGAAGAGAAAUUGCGGAUGCUGGAAGACUCUGUGAGGCAGCUCAACCAACGAUCGGACAACAGCCAAAAUGCUCCUCUCUAUGGUCCACAAGAGACCACUCCUUCGACCCUCCCGACCAAGCCGGAUGCCAUUAUGGCCGCUGAACAAGCCCAGCCCACGGAACCAGGCUGGGAAGUCGUCAUGGACCUAAAUAGAGGGCCUGGAGUGGUACCGGCAUCUUGCGUGUCGGAGGUCUCAGAUGCUUCGCCAGCGGUGACUCGUCAGAACUUGGCCGACAAUUUCGAUCUCAUUGACCAAGGCAUCAUCACGCUUGACGAUGCGGAAGGCUUCUUCCAACUGUACGCUCGACGCCUCGAUCACUUCUUGUACAGGAUUCUGGCAGAGCAUGACUCGCUAGAAAGCGUUCGCAAAAGCUCGCCCCUCUUAACUGCUGCUAUAUGCGCCGUUGGAGCUCUGCAUACUCCCUCCAAUUUGUAUCACACUUGCUAUCAGCACUUUGUUAGUUUGGCAUCGUCGAAGAUGUUUUCCAAGAAGAAUAAUCACGAUGAUGUCCGCGCCUUUUCUGCUCGCCUUGCAGGAGAGUUGAACCUCCACCGGUGUAUACCAAAGGCUCCUCACACAAAGCGUGCCUGUUAUCUGCGCACUCGCUUAUACUAUCUCGUCUUCGUUUGCGACCACCACUUCUCAAUCUGCUACGGAAGACCGCCUUUGACGAGGGAUUUCACCGCAAUCACUCCUCUGAACCAGUUUCUGCAGUCUGAAUAUGCAACAGAGGACGAUGCUCGGCUUAUCAGCCAGGUGGAAAUCUGGACAAUCAGCACGCGCGUCUUCGAUCAGUUUAGCCUCGACCCCGAAGCCCAUCUAUCGGACCAACUCAUCCCACAACUCCGCCGGUUGAGCAUUGCGCUGGAUACCUGGCGAGCGGAUUGGAAUGAGCGAUUUCAUGUCAAUGAGUGCGUCGGCAACUACCCGCGAAAGGGGGUGGGUCUUCAUUAUCACUUUGCGAAGCUGUUCCUCUGCUCCCACGCCUUUAGAAGAGCUCCUGUCGCCGAAGGCGAACAUCUCCAAUUGGAUCCUGACCUAGAAGAAUUUGCGACGAGCGCAGUACACUCGGCGAUCUCAAUCUUACAAGUGAUUGCGGCCGACCAAGAAAUUCAGUCCUACUUGGAUGGACUUCCAGCCUACUUCGAUACAAUGAUUGCGUUCGCCUUCGUCUUCCUCCUCAAAAUUACAAUCAGGAACCCUGCCAACCUUCGGAUUGACAAGGCCGGGAUAUCCGAGACUUUGGAUGUUCUAGCCACCGUCUUGAGUAAUAUCACAUCUGCCAUGCACCCGCGGCACCUGUUGACAAGCAUUGCGAGCAGUGCCCGCAAACUGUUGGAUCGGUUCUCUGGCCAUGAAGUCGCUCCGGCACAGUCACAGACGGCGCCUGGCCCUCUGGCGUCUUUGGACCUCGACAGUCAGUGGCUUAGCCCUACAGACGCAAUGUUUCUUGAAAAUUACAACUUUUUAUAUUCGCCGGACGCUGACCUCAAUUUUGACUCUGAGUUCGGUUUCGCCCACCACCAAUAG